UACCUAUGUACGUCGAGGAGCAGGGGUGGGGUGUAAUUGGGGCCAAACGGUCGGUCGGUUCGGUCUGGGGUAAAAGGUUGUUGAUGGUGCCAUGUUUCCCCCAUGGCACCGAUUGAUUAGAAGAGAUUGGGGGAAUACCUAUGGAAGGCGUUGCCAACUUUCCCACGGCCGGUCUCCAAAGCUUAGCAACGUUUGGACUGGUUCUACCAGUCUACUCUACUUGUAUCCGAACGCCUACGGAUGUUGUUCGUCUGGGGGGGAAGUCGCCGGAAAGUCGCCGAGGGCGGCAGAACGCCAUCUUUUUUUUUCAGGGAGGAGGAACACAACCGAGUGGGAGGGGAGUGUGGGAGAAGGAGAGAGAGGCUCGAGGGUCGGAUGGCCGUGAAAGAGACGGGAGAGAGAAGACCCGGGGGGUGUGUGCCGUGUGCGUGCGUGUCUUCCCGGAGUUAAGCCCCGUGUGCCUUCUCAGUUCUACUAUCCCGUGCCAUGUCAUGUUGUGCAAUAGUAGAGCCUCCUCUUCUUAGCAAGGAUUCCAUCCGAAGUGCGAGUAUCUGAUGUGGGGAAGUAAAUGUGUAGGCCGAGAUGGAGCGGGAACGAUUUACUUUCUGCCGGACAACACUUCAUGGUGCUCGGUUUGGUUUCCCAGGUCUAGAGAGAUAUUCUACUGAGUUGUACAAUCCAUCAGG